AUGGGGAUCGCCGGCUUCUACCUGUGGCUGCAGCGCUGGUACGGAGAGUGCGUGGAGGCCGUUCCGGAGGCGGUGGUGAAGGCCGCGCAGGAUGGCCAGCCACCCCCUGAGCGUGGCGGUGCAACGCGGCGCUUCGACAACUUUUACCUCGACAUGAACGGGCUCAUUCACCCGUGCUGCCAUGACACGGCCCCGCUGCCGGAGCCCGAGAGCGAGGAGGAGAUGUUUGCGCGCAUCUUUGCGCAGGUGGACCUAUUGUACAAAAUAGUUCGGCCGCGGAAGUGUCUUGUCUUGUGCAUCGACGGUGUUGCGCCGCAGAGUAAGAUGAAUCAGCAGCGCAGUCGACGCUUUCGCGCCGCCGAGGAGCGCAUUGAGAGCGACGGGCUCUCCUCACAGUGCGCGGAGGACGUCGUCAAGAAGGGACUUCCGCCCCCGCAAACACGGAAUCGCUGGGACCACAACGUUAUCACACCCUCAACGCCUUUCAUGGAGCGCGUCGGGUUGGCCAUCGAGUGGUUUAUUAUGAAGAAACUGAAUGAAGAUCCGGCCUGGCGCCACAUUGCCGUCAUCUUUUCAGAUGCGCACGUCCCUGGUGAGGGGGAGCACAAAAUCAUGCACUACAUUCGAGGACUCCGGGCUCAGCCUGGCUAUAACCCGCAGACUUCUCACGUCAUUCAUGGAAUGGAUGCGGACCUCAUCUGUCUGGGACUCUCCACUCAUGAAGAGCAUGUGACUAUUUUGCGAAACCAGCUCACGGAAACGUUUCAGCCGGAUCACAAUCGCUUCUGCUACUUUAGUCUCUACAAGUAUCGCCUGCGCUUAAAGGAGGACUUUAGCGGCAUUGACAACAUGGAUUUUGAGAGAGUGCUGGACGACUUUAUUUUUCUCUGCUUUUUUGUGGGGAAUGACUUCCUCCCUCAUGUGCCUCUCAUUUCUAUCAAAACAAAAGGCAUUGAACUUCUACUGGACCACUACGUGCGCGGCUUCACGGAGCACUCGUACCUAACCGACAGAGGUGAGGUAAAUUUCGGCGCUUUGGCCACAUUUUUGCGCCGCUUCGUGGAAGACUACAUGGAUAAGCUUAGGCGGGAAUACGGUGGGGUGCUGCGGGCAAAGGUGCGGGCGAAGGCGAAUGUGGAGGAGCGUGUCAAGGGUUUUGAACAGGAGCUGGAGGAGCAGCUGAACUCCCUUGAGAAGGAUCGCAGCAACGCGCAGGAGGUAAGUAAUGCUGUCCACAGGCUCCUGCUCUCUAUUCUCAAGGAGCGUACGCGUCUUGUUGCCGACAAGGAAUCGUUGGGUUUUUCUUACGUCGACGAUAAUCACCGCGACAAAUACUACGAAAGAAAAUUUGGCUGGGAUCCUGAAGAAAAGGUGACAUUUGAGGAAAAUGUGCAGCGCUGCUGUGCAGAGUACCUGCGUGGGACACAGUGGGUGAUGCGGUACUACACCACAGGAUGCCCCUCGUGGGAUUGGUAUUACCCGUUUCACUACGCCCCGCUUCUCCAGGAUUUGGCGCAGUUUACGGGCAAUGUUGAUGUGAAAAUGAACUUGGGGACACCGAGGCACCCGGUACUACAGCUAUUGGCAGUUCUACCUCGGCUUAGCUUACAGGCCCUCCCAGAAGAGCUGCACGACGCGGUCAACGACCCAGACUCUGUGCUUGGGGUCUUUUACCCGGAGAAGAUUGAGGUGGACUUUAGCGAGGCCCACUUCUCCUACCAAGGAGUGUUGCGGCUUCCAUUUAUUAAUUCUCAUCAGCUGCACUCCGCCUGUCAGAAGCUUGUGCAGCUGGAGCCGGAUUAUGGUUUUACACUUCUUUUCUGUCAUGAGUCAAGCCCACUGCAUCGGGCGCUGGAGCCGCUGCUUGCGGGCAAGGACGGCAAAAAAGGCAUGAUCCGUAUCCCUAAAACGUUGGCCACACAAGUGCCCAUUGCGGGGCAUGUUGGGCCCCAUGAUAUGGAGUGGCCACGUCAUGCCAAACUGCACUGCCCGGAUGAAGGCAUUGCGAAGGAAACUUCUUACGGGUCCCCCAUUACAAGUAACGCGGCGUGUUGCUAUCGCUACGAGCUAAACACGCAGGUCCUCUACAGACCCGUAUUACUGACUGAACGACGAAAGAAGACGAGAGACGCCGAAGUCGCGGUGUCCACCGCGACCUCUGCAAAGGAAAGGUCUGCUGGGUCGAAAUCUCUCCCGGUUGCUGCCACUGUGGCUGAGCCCGACGACAAGCCGCCCCGAGGGGUGAAGCGGGGGCGUCAAGUGCCGCACAAGCAGCAGGGGACGGAGGCUGAAGCGGUGGUGAGGGAGGAGGAAGCCACAGCACCGGCCAAAAAGCACCGUGCCGAGGGCAAGGCGGUGAAGCCGCAGGUGAAGGCUAAGUUGUCAACGAACGCCGUGAAGGAAAGGAAGAAACCGCGGGGAAGGAAGUGA